GAUUUCUCUACGGGCACGCUCCAAAGACGACUUGACUGGAAACUAUUGGCAGAUCUGCUUAGAACGCACAAGAUUCACUUCACCUGGGGGCAUCCUUUCAAGGCUUUCAAAGCAGAACCUACACCUGCUUACCAGGCAAUGAUCCAGCGAAGUUCCUCCAUGACCUCUCCAUAA